AUGGAUUCCUUUGACAGUCCAUUGGCAUCGCCAACUAAAGCUCGCCAGGCUGCUAUUCAAGCCAAGGACUGGGCGUAUGUGAAUACUUGGCUCAGCCGGCAAUUCGCCCCGAAACCAGUCCCUCAAUUCGAGCGAAACGAGGAUACACUCAAAGUACUCCUGACCCUGGCCGCCGCCAACGACGCCGCUGACGAAGAGGCCAAUCUUCAACAGCGUGCGCGAGAAGAAGCUCUUACGGCUUAUAGAGCAGUAGAAGAGACAGAGCUUAAGGAUCCACACCAACGACAAAAGAACGACUUAUUGGAGGCAGUCGAAAUGUGCCUCGAUGACAAGGGACAUGAUGACCUGAACGAUCUUGCUGAAUCUGCUGCCAUUCUCGGGAAUACACUUAACCCCGAACCAGAGGAUAUAGGCCAAUCUAUCGUGGAGCUUUCCGCCGAAGACUUUGAUGCGCGAAACCAGAUGGCGAAAGUCGAAACAUUACAUCGGUAUUUGCAGAAGGAACUAGCUCGGCUGCAGACCCAUUUAGAAGACCUCAAGUCUAAUCCUGCCUUUCAAAUUCCUGAGGAUAUCCAGACGUCGACAUCGGAAUGGACGCGAGGAACCAAGACGCUGAACAACAAGGUUGGCGAAUACCAAGACCGCAUCGCAUCAUUGGAACGAAAUCGGCCACAUGGGCCCACAAUCGACGAGCUCAUGCACGAGGAGGAGGGUGUUCUUCGGCUCCGAGAAACCGUGAAAUCGUUGGAGGGACGCGUACGAGCCUUCCACGAUUUGCCCACGGAUAUCCCCGCGGCCCGGGCCAGAUACAAGGAACUGGAGCUUGAACUAAAUCAGCUCACUCGUCAACGCGAUAUGAUGUUUGGGAAUCUUAUCGACCGAAGAUAG